AUGAGGCUCUCUCUCCUAGCAAUUGCCGCCGGAUUGGCGCAUCUUGUCUCCUCCCAGGUUGAGAACUUGCCGGAGUGUGCUAGAACCUGUGUCACUCAGUUUACCACCGGAGGUAACAUUGGCGGGUGCCAAUCUCUCGAUGCUGCCUGCAUAUGUUCCAGCGCCGGCUUUCUGAGCGGAAUCGCAUGUUGUUUGGCAGGGAAAUGUAACGACGCCGACCAAGCGGCUGCUGUCACCUUUGCUCAGACAUUUUGCAAGGCAUCUGGUGUCACCAACCUUCCCUCCGCUGUUACGUGCGCAUCAACUUCAACGACCCCCAGCGCAACGGCGAAGUCAGGGGCACAAAGACUGGCAGGCAUUGGCGCUGGGCUAUAUGGGGGUCUGGCAGCAGGAGUCGUGCUUUUGUAA